CAUUUCGAUAUAUUUCGGGUAAUUUCUAUCAGCGAUGUGACCCCAUAGAAAUCGUCGUGAAACACGGGAAGAAAGUGUGAAACGUUGGUACAUUAGAGCGGUGGCCAGAUCAGUUGACGAGGGAUGUUGACAAGAGGGACAAUCAGUUACGAGGGAAAUGGAUAUAUGAAUCAGUGUUAUCCGGGCGGGGUGGUAGUGAACGGUGGCUCAACACUGGCUGCCAUCUGCUGACGGUCGCUUUAAGCUCGAGCCACUGGUUCCCCGUGAAGUGCAUAGCCGAAACGAGACGUUCAGCUCUGAAACGACAUCACCACGAGCUUUUUUUCGAAACAUCCGAAGGUGAUCCCGUUCGUGACGCGAUCUACGGGCGACAGCUGCGACGUGGGUUCUUUUACAAGUGUUGUUUUCGUGGUACCGUGUUGUGUUCCUGCCAGAAUCGAAGGGACGAACGGUCACGUACUAGCGAGCCAGGAUGACGGAGACGACAAUGACGUAAAGCCCACGAGGCCAAGUGGAUCCGAUUGGCGGUCUGACUCGUUCUCUGUGUAUGAGUAUCGGGAUCCUUGGCCAAAAUUCAUCUCGGAACAGAACUUGACACUAAAUCUAUCGUGUGAUAUUAAAAAUUAUGGAAAUCAGGUGGAUCGUGAGUCGUGGUACCUUCAUCAAGAUUCGAGAGAUUGGACAAUGAUUAAGGAAACAUCGCUCGAGCAUGCGAUGGUCCUUCGCAGUGCUCCCUCGUGUGAAUGCUUGAAGCUUAGAAAACGUCGUUUAGUCGAUGACUGAACUUUCGUCGCAUUUUACAAUUGAGACUGAUAUCGUCUAUCGUGUUAUCGUGUUCCUCAAAGAACUAUUGAAAUUACGUGAUAUUAUAGUAGUUGUUGAAAUAACGAUAAUUGGUGGUUUGCUCCGCGGAACGUUAGUCCGAUGAAGGAAAUCGAUCGAAGAGUGGACGAUCGGGACGAGGCGAAAUGUGAAGGAACAGGAAACGCGAACGCGGGUAUCAAAUUGUUUCGCUGCGUUGCACGACGUCAUGUUGAACGACGAAGCUGGUUGUUAACGGAAUAUCGACCGAAGACCGUAGCUACCGAAUUAGUCGUGGCGAAGGUCGCACAUAAACGCGUGCACCUCGUUCCUUGAGAUUUGGAUCAGCAACCCCAAAAAAGUGUUAAGGUUCGCGUCCAAACACCAACCUUUGUCAAACAUACAGACGAUUAUCAACGGACACAGCCCUCAACAAGCCAUUACUUCUAUAAGUUAUGAGAAAACAGACCUAACAGUCGUUCGUGCAAAGUGUUUUUUUUUUAUUCGGGUAAAAUUCGUGAGUCAACGUCGUUAAUUGUGUCUUAUCCCUGCUAGUGACGCGUAUAUAUCUUUAAGAAGAUUAAAAAACUUACGACGCACGGGUCUGCAAUUAGUGCGUCCAGAUUAACGAGCAGAAACAUUGAAACCGAAAGUGCGAACUGGAUGAAACUCCCUCGAAGAACAGUUCUCUGAACGAGACCUACUGACCUAUCGACUCGUUGCCCCACCUUGUUUCUGCCGCCACAUUUCUUUUUCCUUUUUUCUACUGUUGCUGUUACUAGUAGAUAUCGAAUCGACUAGGUAAAUUGACGCAUCAGAGGACACCGACCGGUGGAGGAAGUGGGCAUUAGAAGGCAGGAGGGCGACGUAGCUGCGCGUACGAACGCGCGGGUGAAUCGAAGAGAGUCGUUCUUUGAACGAGACCCACUGACCUAUCGACUCGCCGUUCCACUCCUACUACCCUAGCCGUCUUUCUUUCCUUGCCACCCUAUUUGAGCUUUUCCCCCUGCGUUUGUUGGCGUGCCGCGUCGGGAUAUUCGUAAUUCCAUUUCGUGUUUCCCCUGACAGGGGUAACGUUCGAGGAUACGAAAGGGUCGAUAUCAACACGGUACACAUACAUAUGAACACAACGCAAAUACGUAAAUACACGUACAUAACGUAUAUAAGGACAAACGAGUGCCUAAGUAUUUUCAAUCGGUACUUCUGACUGAUCGUUCUAGGUGUAACAAUUUCCAGACUCUCUAUUCCCUUUGCCUUUUUCUAUCUUUCCCGUAUUCGUUACUCCGCUUUGGAGAUUUUUUACUUCUUUUUUUUUUAGCAUUUAUCGCCAACGUUACCGUGCUCAGGGUAUAUUAUUAUUAUUAAUCUCGAUCGUUUUUCGCGGUUCUUUAGUUUCAUUGGAUCGUCUAGUAGAUCGAGUCAAGUAACUGAAUUAAGAUAUCGUUGAUACAAGGUGAAGAGUGCCUAAAUUUUAUGCCUUUCUCGAUUGACUGAUUAUUAAUACGUGGAUCGUGGACACGUAACGCAAUCGUUGUUAUAAUCCUUGUGUCUUGUUCUCAAAUUUAUCUCGCGUACCUAAUUGUUUUAAUAUCCUUUCCCUUCGUCUUUAUCGUGAAAGACGAUCGACGUCGAUCUCUUUCAUUACAAAGUAACGAAGGUCGACAACGUUUUGCGAUCGAUACGAUAAACAGUGCCUCGAGAUUAUUCUCUUCUCUCGACUGAUCGACGAAGAAACAUAUACAUUGUUGUAUCUUAUAAGCUUCCCUGAUUUAUCGCGAUUUUUCGCUUGUUAUUCUCUUGGGUGUGCCCGAAAUUCCUAGUUUUUCACCUUGUUCCCUUUCAUUUUCAAAAGGGGACUGAAGAUAUAGCUCGAAGACAAAACUUUAUCGAAGUGAUUGAAAAAAAUCGACGACUGAUCGAAGAGAAAAAAAGGAAACUCUUUCAACGACGAACGAUAUUCGUACAUACUUUCAACUCGAAUUUCUUCCUCUCGAAAUUUUUAUGAAGUUUUAUUUAUAGUGAUUAAAAGAUUCCCCUUUUUACUCAUCUCAUCGUCCAGAGAAUGAAUCGUGAUCAACAAGCACAGAAUGAUAACGAUCGACUGUACACGAGAAAAGUACACGAAGGUCAAUAAAAAUUGAUCGUAUACUGAUUAUCUUUCCAUGUCUUGCAUUCUCGAUACACCAGGAGCGAUUUCGUUAACGUAUCAGUCGCCAUUGAUUCGAUCACACGAAUGCGACGAAUGCGACGAAGAAUUAACGUAUACCGUUGACUAGCUUGCCAAACUAAUCGAAUCGUCGAACUUUUGCCGGGUCGACAGUACGAUCGAUCGAACGGUACACAGGGGCAGUCCUUGACAGUGCAUCUUUAAUCUCGUUCGCGGAAGAGAUGGCAUCUGAAUCGCGAUUCGAAGCCGUCGUAAUGUCCUCUGAUGUCAAACGGGAUUGCGUGGCAACCGUCGAGGAAUUUUCUCCUUGUAAGAGCGUAAUGUGCUGGUUCAGGCCGUUGACAACGAUAGCUUGAUCGUAAAACGAGGGAGACACGACUGAAAGAGAGGGAAAGUCCAUCAGCAAUAAACUAGGAUAAGAGAGGAGAAGAUACCAGAGGCAGCAUAGGGACGGACGCGUUGUUAAAAGGUCUAUCGAGAUAACAUGAAUAAAGGAUAUAUGUAAAAAAAGAAGUACUAUCUUGUAACGUGUAAAGAGAAAACUACAAAAAACCAUAUAUAUAUAUAUAUAUAUAUAUACAUCUAUGAUCGAAAAGUGUAAAGAAAUUCGUUAAUCGAGCAGAAGCGGCGAGCUGUGCGCAGGUACGAGUCAGGGUAACAAUUUUCCACCUGCGGAGCGAGAUAGAGACGUGCCUGAUCCAAUACGUUCAGCAUCUACUCGCCUCGUCGCAUCGAAUCGCCGAGCCUCGGAGCGAAAACGGGAACAGUGUGACAACCGAUCACGUUCGAAUCACGUUUUUCUCCCCUCGAACGCCAAAAAAAUGUCGCGGCUGUCGUUAAUGGAAGUUUAAAGACCAACUGCAUGCGAAAAAGAGGGAAAAAAGUCGCAACGCGAAUCGAAAAAAGGAGGAACGUAAAGAAAAAAAAAGAAAAAGAUAAAAUGGCGGAAAGCGCGGCAAGUCCGGGUUCCGUGCAAGUAGCUGCGAAUAGUCCGCAGCAACAACAGCAACAGUCGCAACCACAGCAACAAACUCAACAAAAUCAACAACCGCCGGAUAUAAGCAGCUCGCAGUUGGCGUCUCCACCGAUCACGGGCACAGGUACGAAUAGGAAACGAUCGAGAUCUUCCGCCCAGAUCGAAAUAAUCCCGUGCAAGGUGUGUGGCGACAAGAGCAGCGGCGUUCAUUAUGGCGUGAUCACCUGCGAGGGCUGCAAAGGCUUCUUCAGGCGGUCUCAGUCGUCGGUCGUCAACUAUCAAUGUCCGCGGAACAAGAAUUGCGUGGUCGACCGUGUAAACAGAAACCGGUGCCAGUACUGUCGGUUACAAAAGUGCCUACGCCUCGGCAUGUCUAGAGAUGCCGUUAAAUUCGGGCGCAUGUCGAAGAAGCAAAGGGAGAAGGUCGAGGACGAAGUUAGGUUCCACAAGGCACAAAUGAGAGCGGCCUCUGAGACAGCGCCCGAUAGCAGUGUGUUUGAACAUCAGACCCCAAGCAGUUCGGAUCAGCAUCACCCUUUCAAUGGCGGGUACACGUAUGGCGGUAGUGAAUACGCUUCUCCCGGCCCCGGCACGGGUGGGUCGGGUUAUUACAAUCAUCAAGCGAUGACGAACUACGAGCUUAGCGCCGACUACGUCGACAGCACGACGACCUACGAUCCACGACCGACGCAGACGCAGGUCGCGGACACUGUCGCCCCUGAUACGCCCUCCGCUGUCACCGCGACUGGGGUACUUCCCAGCGUGGUCACCACCGGGAAGUCACUGUCUGCCUCGACGACCGGAAGCAGCACGGGGGGUAGUGGUGGAGGUAGUAGCGGCGGCGGAGGCGGUGGAGGCGGUGGUGGCGGUGGUAACGGUGGUGGAUCCGGUGGUGGUGGCUCGGGUGGUGGAGGGAGCGGUUCUGGCACCGGCGGUGGUGCGGCUGCCGGUGGCGGUGGUGGUGCCGGUUCCCUAAGCGGGGGUGGGAUCGUUGCUGUGAAGCAAGAGACCACCGUCGAACUGGCCAGCUUGGGCCACGGCUCGUACACGAUGGUCGACUCGACGACCUUUCUGAGCAGUCAGCAACAGAGGGUCAGCAAUCCAUCCGAGGACGACGAAGUGCCGAGUCUGCCCAGUAUGUCCCAUGCGAGAUAUCCGGCACAGAUCAGCGAGUUGCUCUCAAAAACGAUAGCGGAUGCACACGCAAGAACGUGUCUGCUGUCGACGGAACAGAUCCAGGAGUCUUUCCGGAAGCCGCACGACCUCUCCAGAUUGAUCUACUACAAGAACAUGGCGCACGAGCAGCUUUGGCUCGAGUGUGCCCAAAAACUAACCACCGUUAUCCAGCAGAUCAUCGAGUUCGCCAAGAUGGUUCCUGGAUUCAUGAAGCUCUCGCAGGACGACCAGAUUGUUCUACUAAAGGCUGGUUCCUUCGAGUUGGCUGUGCUACGUAUGAGCAGGUACCUCGAUCUCCAGCAGAACUGUGUCCUCUACGGUGACACCAUGUUACCACAGGAUGCGUUUUACACGACGGACACGGCGGAAAUGAAACUUGUUUCUUGCGUGUUUGAGUUAGCCAGGAGUAUUGCCGAAUUGAAGCUUACGGAAACAGAGCUGGCUCUUUACAGUGCAGCGGUUCUUCUUAGUCCCGAUCGGCCGGGACUGAAAGGGCUCGCGGAAAUCACGAGACUGUCACAGGCGGUGAUCAGGGCGCUCAGGUCGGAGCUGGAUCGUAACCACGUGUCGCCCAUAAAGGGCGACGUGACGGUGUGCGACGCGAUCCUCGCGAAGAUCCCACAGCUCCGGGAGAUUUCUCUGUUGCACAUGGACGCUCUGGCUAAGUUCAAACGAUCGCAGCCGCAUCUCGAGUUCCCGGCCCUUCACAAAGAGCUUUUCAGCGUCGACAGCUGAACGAUCGACGCGGCGCAGGGCGUCCCGACGUUGACGAACAAAGCGGUACGCGAGUAGCGCCGGGCCUUGCUCUGUCAAGGUGAGUUUCACCGUCCGGAAAUGAAUGAACACAGAGAAAAAGAAACGAAUAACAUUUUUGGGGAGGACACGACGAAGCGGGCAACCGCGUAUCAACGACGACGUUACUGCGAGGUUGGGCGUUGAAGCUACCUAGGAAGUGUCGCUCUGAUAACCGCCCGGAGGCGCGUUCUUUUUGGGGGCCGAGCGCUCACGCGAAGAGUCGAAGGGUUAAAAGAACUUAGUGCGAGUAAUGAGAUACCGUCAAUUGUCGUUCUUCUUUUCCAUACUUGAUACGUACUUUAAUUCUUACAACUCGUUCGUUCAAAAGCAGGACACAAGUUUUCGCAUAUGAUUCGAGUCUACUGGAUAUUACGAAGAAAAUAAUUAUCUUUUCUUCUUCUUUUUCUUUUCUUUUUUCUUCCUUCUUUUUUUAAUCAUACUAUGUACUCGCGUUUGCUUUCAUAGCUUUAAAUGAGAAUGCUUAAAUAAAUAAGGAAAUGGAUAGUGUUAUAUAGAUAGAUUUAAUUUAUGAGAAAGUUCAUUAUAUUUAAUUCCCGCUCGUGUAGAGCCUUUGUAAUUUAAUCAAGCGACCAGAGACAUCGUUCUGUGCUUAAGUACAAAAGAAUUUAUAUUAUAAAAAGAUUUAUUUUCGCUCGUGACUUGCACGAUCUUCUUUCAAGCCCUCCGAUUCAACCAAUGAGAGUUAAGAUCCUCGAAUCGAGUCGUAGACACGAGCGAAUUGCGAUUCGAAGUCGAACAAGUGGUUGUUAGGCCACAUACAGCUUUGUACAUAAAUUCUCCUUUUUGGUCUCGUUCCUAUUGACGAAAAUGUAUAACGAUGAUAGAGCAUGACCAUUUCGUAACCGAGAUAAUAGAAUAUCUUUAAUCUUAUCUGUAAGACCUGCGCAACCCGAUUUCACGAUUGCCCAAACAACCGACUUCGUUUACAGCUCGUUAUGCUUCGGAUCUUGAAUUUUACAUGCAAAGCGUGGCCUGGCUUUAAAAAGUCGGCGAUUUCGAGCGGGAAACAAGUAACUGCGGUUAGCUUGCGGUCAUUGUAAGUUUCUUCGUUAAUUUUCUAUACUUUUAUUCGUCGUUAUAAGUAAGGAGAAGGAGAGAAAGAGGGAGAAAAGAAAACGAACACGUAACUUGUAUUUUUUUGGUCAGAAACUGCGUAGUAUCGUUUACGAUUAUUAUUAUUAUAUUAUAAUUAUAACUAUUAUUAUUGCUGUUACUGUUACUAUUACUACCAUUAUUAUUAUUAUGUUUAUUAACAUUUCUUUUUAUUUUAUUUUUAUCAUCUUCCCCUCGUUCCGUUUUUUAAAAGCUCUCGUUUUGUUUUUUCCUUUUUCAACGUGUAUAAACUGCCGUAGAAUAAUUCGCGCUAAGUCCUCUUCUUCCUUUCUUUUUUCCUUUUAUCUGUUUCGAUGUUUCUCCUUUUUUUUAUCUCCUCCGCAAACAUUAAUUAAUCGUACUUGUUAAGUGAAAGUUACCUUGGUGUUUCUGAAAGAAAAAUACAGGGUUCGCGACGAAAACCGAGCGUUCGACCAGGUAAAACGAUGGAAAACACGGACGUAAAGAGUCUACCGGGUUUUUUUACGCGUCUCUUUGAGUACGCGUUCUGGGUUCCUCUCGAAGUUUUUAAUAACCCGCGACGCUAACUAACUUAUUCUCAGCUUGUCACGUUCUCACACGGAGCGUUAAACGUUACUUUUUCUUUAUUUUUUUUUUUUUUUUUUUAGCUGUUACUAUAUAAAUCGACAGGUUAUUGUGUAAAGCAAACGAAUUUUGAAUUAUACACGUUUAAACGUCUCAUUUUGGGACGAUUUUGUAAGAAAUAAUAAAGUAUUAUAAGCGACUUAAUCGUUACGUGAUGUGCUUUUUCUAACCUAUGAAAGUUUGUAAUUAUGAUAGAAAUAUAAGAAUCGUUUUCGUCACGCGUUUCAUUCGCGUUCAAGAGUAAUUUAGUUACUCUUCAUCGUAGGUUCAUUCUAUAAUCGAUACGAAUAUGAUGCGUAUAACGAUAACCACGACACUAACAUUGCGUCCUCUGCGUUUGUACAUAUUGUAUAAAUUAAUCGCGUGAGAUGAUCGAAAUGAUGUGCCGUGUCUUUUAAUUUGUUUCUUCCGGUGUUUGCAAAGGGUUUCUGAAAACCCGGUAGGCUUCUAGCAUUCGCCAAAUCAAUCACGGAAUUCGAGCUUUCUCAGCGCGCGAGUCGAAAGUUACUUGUUUCUGAUCUACAGCGAUCCUUCCUAGGGAGCGUUGAGUCGGGACACGAUGGCAUGCAAAAAUGAACGCAGAAUUGUAGGAGGAACAGCAUGAAUGGAAAGCGUAGGGAAACGGGCGUGUCGAGGCAAUUAGAACGAAUAGAUGACAGCAAAAAAAUAACAUUUAGAACAGAUUUCAAUAAUUUUUACAAAAAUAAGAAAUAAAUUUUAAACGAAAUUAAUUAAUUAAUAAUACUAUAUUAUUGUAUUAGUAUUGUACUUUUUAAAUUUUAAUCAAUUAUGUAAUUCUUGCGAAUGGAAUUAGACACUGCGAUAAAAAUGUUAGGAAAAGAAAUUCAAUUGUUAAAAUUCUUCGUCCAAAAUGAAUAGACCAUAUGUUUUCACGAAUUACUCUUGAUUUCAAAAUUUCUUCCAGAUGUAUAUUUUUUGUCCUUAAAAGCGGAAAAGCUCCAAUGACUUCAAAUAACUAAUUCAAUUUGGAUAGAGAAUAUUAAUCAUUCAAAGACAUAAAAAAUAUCUUGUAAAAAGUCGAGCGGAGGAAAGGUUCGUUCCGCUCGGUCUGACCAUGGCGGGACGCAUCUACUUGUGUUCUUUUAGCCUCGAUAGGUAGGAGUCGCCGCGUCGGAAGUUGGCGCCACGAAAAGGGAAAAAGGAUAAGAAAACAUACACACACACACAUACACAUACACAUACAUACACAUCCAUAAAAUAAAAAAAAGAAACACUUGGACCCGUCUUUAUCGACUGAAUAGUUCUAUACUCGCGGUGCUUACGACAGGGAGCAAAAAGGUACAAGCGUUUAACCGUAUAUUCGUCUCCUUUCUGUUGCAGAUUAUUUCCUUCGUAAUGAACGUAUUGGGCCUUAAAUAAACAUAACAUUGUUAUAUAUAAAGUAUACAUAAAAAGCAACAUAAAGUAUAUAUGAAAGAUAUAUAGAAGUAUAUAUAUAUACAUACAUAUAUAUAUAUACACACAGAUAUAAAAUAUAUUAUAUAUAGCGAGAGAAAGUGUACGAAGCGUGCGAGUUUGUGACAGGAAGAGUGUGUUACAAUUACGUGCGUGUGGGAGAGAGCGAGACGAAAAAUACGUGCGAAUGGAGCGAAUGAAAGAGAAAGAGAGCUGGAGACGACAAGGAAUUUAAAAAGAAAAUUAAGAAUUGCAGUAUCAGAGAACGAGAGAAAGAAGCGUGUGAGAAAGAUAGCUGCGUGAUAAUAGAAUUAACGAGAGAGAGAACUGAGAAAUAUCGGUUGUUAUGAUGAUACAUACAUAAAGAAGUAUAUAUAUUGUAUUAAUUAAAAUAAAGUAAAAAAAGUGGUUAAUUAAGGGCCCCGCCAGGACGGUCCAUGGACGACAUAUAUAACAAUAUAUACAUAUAUCUAUAUUACGGGGGACUGGCGUGUACUAAAGAAUGUUGGUCGUGUCGUCGCUCGCGACAUAGAAACUGAAUACAUUUAAAUAAACGCAAACGGUGCAAAAGUAAAGAAUUACCCGAACGAAAUAGCGUCGACGAAGGGUAUCAGCAUUGUGAUCAGCUGGAGAUCGCAUCGAUGUUACGAGAUGUGAACGCUAUAUAAAACGAAAUAGAUGAAACGAACGAAGGAAAUGGAAUGUAUUCACGAAGAAUGAAAUAAGGGAAAACGUCGACGCGAUGUCUAACUGGCCACGCUGUUCAACUCCCGCGUUAGUGGUUCGCAUAGUUCCCUCUGAGCUACUUUAGACUUUAUAUAUGUAUAAACUCACACACACAUAUAUAUACCAUAAAUAUAUAUACAUAUUAAAAAGGGUGAAAAACGAGCACAUCCCGGCGGCACGACCAAGAUUCGACGGUCCCUGUGCUUAAAGAGAAGAUUUAAGAAAAAGAAAAAAAUAGGUGAAACGCGAGAAUGAAAAUAUAAAAAGGGAAGUACUAGAGAAACAUAUGUAUAUGUGUAUACAUGUAUAUAUGUAUAUACAAUAUAUACAUAUAUAUAUAUAUAAAAAUAAAAUAAAGAAAAGAAUGGAACUUUUGUCCCUGGACCGGCCUGGCCGGCUCACGGACGCAACACGUGGAUAUAAAAAUGAAAAAAAAAGUACGAGAAACACAGGCACACGGAUACAUACACACGAUAUACACACACCUGCAGCGAGACUAAAAAGAAUACGACUAAAAUGGAACACUUUUACAUACACGAUGCCUGCGCGAGCGCGUAGAUAGAGAUUAAUCGAGGUAACAUUAUGUGCGCAUUAUAAACAUUUUGGUACUGUACGGCACUGUAUGACGCAUCUCUUUAUACGUAAACACGUACUUCUUAACUAAAUAAUAAUCCAUCGCCGCGGUGAAGCCUCUCGAAGCGUUUUUACGCACCGUUACCGGCUUUCCUCGCUUUCGUCGGCCAGACGAUACUGGCUGGUCAUCUAUCGUGUCACGAACGAGCGCGCGCCAAUUCGAUUUCCGUGAGGAACGAACGACUGCGUUUUGCAUUCUUUGAGUCGUGUUGUAAUCAUAGGAUCAUUUUCAGAGUGAUAAUUUUAAAUAUUAGAACGAUCUCUUGAACAAAUUCGAUAUUUGAAGAAAAUUUAAUAAAAAUCAUUUGUUUAGUGAACUUUAAAUUUUUAUGAAUUUGAAUAUUAUACUAUUAAUUCAAAAUGUAAAAAAAUCAGUUACACAUUAUAGUUUCGUUAAUAAUUGGAUACUAAUGUGAUACAACUGAUGAUACGAAAUUUAGCGUAUAUAAUACAGGGAUUUUGUUGUAUUCGGUUAUUACAAGCCAUUUGCGUAAUUCCAGUCGAGAUUGUUUACGCUUGUUGUGCCGUGUACUCUACUUUCUUUCUCAAAAUAUUUCCAGCUAGACAAAGACUACUUUAGGUAUUUGGUACUAAAUGUCAACAAUGUAACAAUAUCUUCGAUACAAUAAUCACGUAUGUAAGUUUAUUAGAACUUCCAGAAAUAGAAAUUAAAAAUUUUGUGAGUAACACGAAACAACAGUGUAAACAAAUAAAUCUGCUUCACCAUUUAAAAACUCCAAAUAGAAAUCCCUAGUCAAUUUUUAUGUUAAAUAAACGUUUUUCUAAAUCUUAAAAAAAGAAAAAAAGAUAAGGAAAGGCAAGAAAGUAAUAGAAAUGGUGAUAAGAAUAGGAUCGUACACGAAUCUCCAUUCCUUUCGUUGCUAUGACUAAAAAUAAGAAACAAAAGAAAUCUUUUAAAGUCCGCUAUCACAAACGAAUAUGAAUUCUCAGGGAAGCACUUCUCAACGAGAAAUAUUACGGAAAUCGUGUUGGCUCGGUGCUCGACAUAUGGACUGUAAAUGGAUCGUGAAGAGACACUUCGUGGAUUCAGUAUCAAUGUGAUGACGAUCAACGACCAAUAGGUUUUUUCUUUUUCGAGAGAGACGUCGUUUGUUGCGGCCGCACGUUUCACUUCGCUGUUAAGUCCGUUUUUUGUACGCGAUCAACGAUUCCGGUUAAACACACACAUUAGCUCGUUAGUUAGGUAUUAUUAAACAUAGAGCCGGCCGUUUCUAUCGCAGAAAGGGAACGGUUGGGUCGUCGAUGAGAUGUUAUUGCUGGCGAUUAUCGUUAGACGCUUUAAGGAAAACGCGACAACAAUCGGGUGACUCGAUGAUUUUUUCAAAUCGAGGAUGAUGUCGGUCCUGUAUUUUCGACUUUCUAUUUAUGGCUCGAAAAAGUUCUAGCUCCGUUAUAAAAAAAAGCCAUGCUCCAAGAUCGUGUACCCCGUGAGUUAGUUGCGGUUGCGACGUUCUUCGUGAUUCGAUCCAUCUGCAAUCCGUCAGAUUGUGACUGUCGUCGAUUGAGCAGAGGAUGUUGUAUAGUUGAAUAAAUUGUAGUCUUGAUCUUCUUAAUCUCUGAACGAAAGCCGCGAAUUUUUAUUUAUUAUAUAAUGAAUAAUAGGAUAUUUCGUUAGUUGAAAAUUUUAAAGUCUGAUUCGAUCGAAAGAUGAAUAAAUACCUCGCUAAAUUCUUCGCAAUGUCAAUACUUACAUAUCUGACUGUUUUGUAAACAUCGUUGAUAAAUAUCUUUCUAACUUCGCGUUCGCCGUGAUGUCAGAUAAAGACAAAUGACAGUGACUGACUGUCCGUUAUUCGACUAUAUUAUUCCUUCUGCGCGUAUUCCAAACGCCAGCUCUCGAGAACGUCGAAUUAGCCGAGUUUUUAAGCCGCUAAGUUGGAGUUUCGUAGCGCAUCGGGAGCGUCGAUACUUUACAGUUAUAAAGUGUCCCACAUUUUUAGCGCAGCUUAGCAAACCGCGUAGCGUGACCGUAGUUGAUAGAUUUAAACAGAGUUUAUAGAUAAGUUUUCUUCACCGUAAAGUAUCGUCCGCGUCUCGUAACAAAAUCCCCUUCAAUUUAUUGUAAUUUAGCGUGACGCUUAAUCCCUCAAGUGGCGGCUAUGGCUGUCCGAAUCAUCGUUCGUCGAACGAGAUAAUCGAGCGCAUAUUUUGUAUUCGCGAAGAUAAAAAAAAAAAAAAAAAGAAAGAAAAGAAAAGAAAAAAAAAAUGGGCGACUCAUGUCAUGUUACAUUAACGUUUCUAUUGUUCACAGCGUUCACUAUUUAAUUAUAUUGUCGAAAGGACGCGCUGCUUAAGGGAUUAUUCGGUUUUUAAUCAUCACUUCGUAUACUUCGACCGAGUUGAGCGACGUGUCGAGUGCAGACAAAAAAGAAGAUGUAACGAAAUAACGAAAUAAUAAAAUAAAGGGAAACGUAGCGACAAUUGUUUGAAAGUGGAAGAGGGAAACGUGGUAUUCUCAGACGAGACAUCGCUUAUUCAGACGUCGGAGACGCGAGAGUUAUAGCGAAUCGUGAAGAAAGAGGGAAGAAAAACAAAGGUGAGAAAAGAUAAGGAGAGGAAGGAAGCGAGAGAAUGAAGAUUAAACGUAAGUUAUAGGGUGUUAAGGAGAAAAAUAGAAAAAGGCAAGAAUGAAAGAAAGAGGAAGAACAAGAAACAAAACAAAUUGAAAAGGAAGAAGGCUCGACGAUAGCGAUGGCGAAUCCGUCACGGUGCGCCGACUGACACGUUUUCGGACGGUUUAAAUAUACUUGUAGCGAAAUUAAGAAAUGCAUAUUAUUCUGCCGAUUAACGAGUAAGUGCGUAGAAUUCGUUUAACUGUAGAUAAAGAAAAACACGUACACAGUCACGUACGCGCGAGUGCAAGAUACAUUACCACCUGUAAUCGUUCACCCACGACCACCAAACCCACCCAUAUAUACACAGCGUACAAAACACAGGUACCGCAUAACAUAAAACAAACAAACAAACACACACACAUACGAACCUACAUAUAUGCAUACACAGGCGCAAAUACAUGUACACAAAACAGUUACAUUACUUAGACUCGGAGAUAACCGAAGUACGAUUUAAGAGACAAAAUAAUAAAACAAAAAGAUCACAAAAACGAAACGAAUGGAGGAGAGAAAGUGAGAAAGCGAGAGAGAGAGCGAGAGAGAGAGAGCGAGAGAGA